AUUGAUGGCCGGAGGUGCAAGUCAUUUGCACAGCAUCCGAUCAGCGACUUUCCCUCCGCCGCAGAUAUGUCUGGGUUUGUUAUACUCUUCGUGGAUAAUUUCCAGUGCAGCGGAAAAGAUAUUGAAAGAUAUUGGAUUCUCCUGGCGCUACGUAAGCGCUGUCAGGAUCACGUGAGGCUGAGCAGUAAUCGGCACUCGGCCACUUGCAAGGACCGUCAAUCAAAGUUGACUCAGGUCAAGUCACGGCAUCGAGGACCUGGAAGUGGUAGCAUGAAUACUCGACCUCAAACCCAAACUCAGAUAGAGAUCUGAAGAGCGCACAUCUUGCACGGGACGGGAUCGCAUCGCUCUCGGACGAUUUUGGCACACAGCUUGGAUGCCGAUGAUACACCGGGAGGACGUCUUGCACAAUCCGGAGAACAGUGCACGAGACGAAUGAGAGCGGAGGAACCAGUGGGUCAUAAAAGACAACACUUUUUGCGGAUUAAACCAUCACAAUCUUCAACUGCACCCCACCGCGACAAUGUGGGGCAACGACCAGAACCCGAAUGGAACCCCCAUCAGCCUGAAUGGACCGACCCCUGACACAUUCAGACCUCAAUUCGAGUCGUUUGUAUCCGGCGUGAUCGAGAGCGAGUUCCAGAGCAUCGUCCCUGCGUACAAACUUAGCGGAGGGUGGGAGAAAUGGUUCCACGCCGAGCUGUGCGUCUUCAUCAACCACUACGCUGGCGCUCCGGGGUUCAAGGCCGACCGCGAGCCCCCUGUCUAUCCCGACUCGGGAUUUGCGGACAUCGCGCUUGAGGACCCGGCCACUGGCGCUGUGUCGCACGUUGUGGAGAUCAAGUGCAGUCUGAAGACCGAGACCGCUGCGCGGGCGAACCAGCGCGCGGGAGACGAUAUCACCAAGCUCGGUGGGAAUCCCAAGACCGGCAAGAAAACAGAACUCAAAGUCAACUACGCGGGGGCAGCGAAGAUCGUACUUCUCCUCGUCGUGGACGAUGUGGUACCUGACACGAUCCCGUGGGACGCGAUUCAGGACGAGGACCGUCCUCGACUUUUCUAGCCUUCUGAAGAUACUAUUUGCAAUAGCUUGUCUCCUAGCAAUACACAUCUU